AUGGCCGACUUCACCGAUCACCUCAAGCCGGCUCACGACGGCACAGCGACUCUGCAGAUCGAACGAGAUGGCUCUGCAAUCGUGGUUGAUGAGCUGGCAACGCACUUGCUGUCUCGUGACGGCUUCCUGCAGCGGCAAAAGAAAGUGCUUGGAGUUUUGAGCAACGAAGGACUGUUCCAGAAAGAUCAGCAGCUCAAUCUAUCUCGGCCGGAGCGGUAUCAUCUAGGGUUGUUGGCACGGGCAAAAGCAAUUCAGAGGAUUCUUCGCAGGGAAGACUGGGAACAUGCGGACUACAGCGUGGUGGCGUACCUGAAUGACGAGAUGUCGCCGUAUUUUCUACACAUGUCCAUGUUUGUGACUACUGUCAGGGAGCAAGCCUCUGAAGAACAGGAAGCCUACUGGAUGCCUAAGAAUCUCAACUACGACAUCAUUGGCUGUUAUGCCCAGACUGAGCUUGGGCAUGGCAGCCACGUCCGUGGAUUGGAGACUACCGCGACAUGGGGCCCCAACAGCAAGGAAUUUGAUAUUCAUAGCCCCUACCUGACCGCAAGCAAGUAG